AUGACGGACAAGCUGCUCAUGGACUCAUUUGGUGAAGACUCUGGAGACACAGGCUCACAUGUGAUUGUAGAACCUUUUAUGAAGACAUUCCUCAUUUUACCCAGCAUGCUUCAGGCCUCACCUGUGUUCUUUGCCUCCUUCUGUUUACAGCAGAACUUUGAGAGAUGGGACAGAAGAAGAUCUGAGCUCACCAGGAAGUUGGUGGAAAGCCUUGUUGCUGUGUUGACGUGGGGCAGUAAAAAUAGAGGAGUGGAACCCGGCUCCCCUCAGAGCAGACGCUACACCAGGCUACACACAGCAGCACCUAUAAACCCAGAGAGAGAGAGAUACGACUACAAGGUGAGGAUGAGUAAAGACGGGCGGCGCUCGUUUGGAAACAUCAGCCUGAAGGAUCGGUGGGAGCAGAAGGCCCAGAGCAUCGCCGACCAGAACAAGCAGGAGAAGGAAUGGCAGAAGAAGAGCUCCAAUUCUGUACGUACGUCCAAAUGGUCGUACCACCACAAACUCAUCAAUGGCAUGUCCGACUUCAAGAAAGCCACGAGCCACCUGGACGACGAUGAGGAAAAUAACAAACCAAAGCUCCGCUUCAAAGUGGUGGCCCCUCCCCCGCCAAAACCCAAAACCCCGCCCCCAGCCCCACCCCCUGUCACUCGCCGCAGAGACUCGCCCAAACUGAAACGGGUCAAGCGCAAAGUGGAGGUGGAUGCCUUUAAGAUCUGCUGGAAGGACUCCUGGAUGAGCCUGAAGCCGCCCAAAUACCUGUUCCUGAAGGCCAUGGAUCUGCUGGAGCGCCUGGGCUUCACCCCCAUCCAGGUGGGCAACGACAGAAGAUACAAGGGACAACCACAGCCGAAGGAGGCCAGGACGGCUUCCCCCGAACUCUGGAGUCACUCGUGGAAAAAGACAAAGGGUCCUUUUAUCGGCGCAGACUUUGAUGAAGAGGAGUAUGAGUGGGAGCUCCUGUGUGCCCAGAGGCCCGCCAGAGCCGCAGCCAUCGCCCCGUACUCACUUCCUGUGUGGGCAGGAACCUGGAAGAUCAUGAACUUUCCUUUCCGGCAACAGAAGCCCAUGUGGGACCAUCCCUGGUCCAAGUAUGACCAGAUACCCACAGACCGGCUGGACCUCAUCCUGAACAUUGAUGAAGAGGAUGAGCUGUUUGACUGGGACGGCUGGGAGGUGUCAUACAAACUGUGUCUGUGUGAAGAGGAGCACCCCACAGGCCUGAGGGACCUCACUGCUCCAGGCUGGAGCCAGUCCUGGACCCUGGGCCAAGUGUGUGUGCCCACCCCCGAGCAGGAGCGCUCCCAGUACUGGCUGUGGGGCGGGGGCCGCACCUGCAACUACAGGUGGGGCCAGAGCACUGUGCAGUCUCAGCUCAAACACUGUGAGGUCCGCAUGAAGACACGUCUGACCACCACCCUUCUGCUGACCGCCGCCCUCCACCACCAAGCACGCCCCACAAACCUCCAAUCAGACGCCAGCGAGCAGCCGGACUGGACCGACUCCUGGAGGACCGUCAAAGGAGAAGUCAAGGAGGAGGAUUCACAAGCAGAGCAAGCAGAGGAAGACAAAGACGAGGAGGAUGAUGAAGAGGAGGAUGAGUUUGUGGAUGCAGACGAAGGAGAGGAGGAAUCUGAAGAAGAGAAAGAAUCCUUUGUGGAUGUGGAGGAGGUGUGCAUCACUGAAGAAGUGGACCAAAAAGAGAAGGAGGGAACCAAGGAGGAAGAGGAGAAGGAAAUGAGUGAAAAAGCUGAGGAAGAGGAGGAGGAAGAGGAGGAAGACAAGGACAAGGAGAAGGAGGAGGAGAAAGAGGGAAGCAAGGGAGGAAAAACAAAGGAAGAGGAAUUAGAUUGGAAUAAUGAGGAGAAUAAAGAGGAGGAAGAGGAGGCAGGGGACGAAGAUGAGAAUAAAGAGAAGGAGGAAACAGAAAGAAAGGUCAGUAUAGAUGGAGAGGAAACUGAGGAAGAGGAGGAGGAAGAGGAGGAAGAUGAUGAAAGGCAAAAAGGAGACAAAAUAGAUGAGGAAGAGGAGAAUGUUACAGGAUCUAAUCAACUGAAGAAGAAAUCAGACCAGGGAGACAGUGAGGAAGAGGAGGAAGGACACAAAGAAGAGGAGGAAGAGAGGGAAGAUACUGAAGAAGAAGAUGGAGGAGAGAAAGGAGAGGAAGAAGAUGAGGGAGUAGAGGAGGAGGAAAAGAAAGAAGUUGAGGAACAGGGAGAUAAUGAAGAGGAAAAGGAGGAGGAUCAGAAAGAUGAGGACAAGGAGGAAGAGGAGGGGGAUGAAGAUGAGGAAGAGGAGGAGGAAAUGGGGGAGGUGAAAGACAAGGAGGAAGAGGAGGAACAGAAGGAUGAGGAAGAGGAGGGAGAUGAAGAGGGGAAGGAAGAAGAAGCAGUGGAAGAGGUAGAGCAGGAGCAGGAGAGCGGUGCACGUCAUCAGAGACGACAAGAACAAACUACAAAUGAGGUAAGAUUACACCAGGAAGUGACAUCAGAACAGAGAAGCUCCGCCUCUCACAAACUGAAAGUAAGAACGCUUAAGCCCCGCCCCCCGGCACCACAUAAGCCCCGCCCUCCGGCUCCAUGUAAGAGAAGACCUGUGCCCAAAGCUCCCAGAGCGACAGACAUCAGGAGGCAGAAGGACGCCAUGCUGUCUGUGCCCCCUCACCUGCAGUUCCACAAGCUCUGCUCCUCCUUCUCCUCCUGGAGGCACUCGUCCUGGGCAGUGGCAGUGCCCCACCACAGCAGCGCCAGCGAGGAGCCCGAGGGGGAGGGGCUCGGGGACGAGCUCACGGCCUGGAGCGAGUCCUGGAGGCUCUGUCGCUUUAAGAAACCCAGUCAGGACCAUGUGGUGUGCUUCUCCUCAGAACACCGCACCACCAAGAGCAUCCAGGACUACAGCCCUGCGGUCAAGGAGGGCUGGGGGGACAGCUGGAGGAGCAACCGCUCAGAACACACUCAGGAAGAGGAGGACGCAGAGGAAACAGAAGAGGAAGAAGAGGAAGAGGAGGAAGAGGAGGAGGAAGAGGAGGAGGAAGAGGUUUACAGCUGAGAACAGCUGAGGACUUGUGGUUGUAUGGUCCAGAGCUAAUGCUCCCUGAAGGUCUGCUCCACAGACCAGGAUGAGGCUCUGGCUGUGCUCCAGUGUGCUGACUUAAAUGUGUUCAGGAGAUCUCAGAGACGUGUGCUUCAGUAUGAAACAGUGUCCUUCAGAACCUGUGGCAUGUCAGCUCAAAACAGUUGAACAUUUUGUUAGAUAAAUAUGAGGUCCUUACAGAUGGCACGCAACAGUCUAAAGGUAUUUGGAGAGAAAGGACUCUUCUCCACAAUAAGGUGGCUCUUAAUGACACGUGUCACUUACACUGGAGCCUCAGUGAGGCAUGUGCUUCGGACUGACAGGGUAACUGACCUCACAGCAGAAGGGUCAGACUGACAGAGGGACUGGCCUCACAGCAGAAGGGUCAGACAGUGGUGAGGUCACGUGGGUUCGGAGCCUGUUGUGUUGGAGAUUGUGAUUGUUGAUCUAAACUUGUGAAUAGUGCUUUUCCAAUAAAGACCCUUUGGUCCGACACAUUUCUCUUUACUUCCUAAACGUGAACAGGAUAUUUAUGCACAGACACUGGAGUCAAGGCAGGUUCAAUGCUUUGCCCAUGGGCACAAUGGCAAACAAUGGUGCGAGCUGGAAUCACACCACCAGUCUUUCUUGGUAGGUAAACGCUCUAUCGACAGACACCAAGUCUUUUCCAUUUUUUCAAAGUCCCCCCACCUUAUUGAGUCGCUGAGCCUGUAGUUUAUAUACAUUUCAGGGUGCCAUGGGGUGCCAUGACACCCUGGGGUGAUGGUGUUAACGACUCUGCCGCUCUCUCCCUGAGGUCUGAGCUGGAGCUGUUAUCUCUGUGUGAAACCUCGUCACAGGGUUUAGGCUUAGGCUCAUCUGUGACUAACCCAAUUAUAAAAGACUAAAUGUUUGUCCUUUGAGAUUUUCACAGAGAUCAAACCAGAAUGAUCCAGGACUUGGAUGGGAGACUUCUGGGAAAAUCAGGUGCCACAGGUUUUGUUUCAAUGUUUCUUUAUGCAGAGGGAUACUGUGGAACAUUCCAGGCAAAGCAAUGACACCUGACAGUUACCUUCUAAGUGACUCUUGAUUGAGUAGUAGUUUUUUGAAAUACUUUUUUAUUCUUACUUGAGUAAUUUCUUCAGCCACUACUUUGCUUGGCUAUUACUAUUUUAAAUAACUUUUACUUGAGAACAAUUUUUGGAUCCUCUACCACCCCCGAUAACAUCACCAUGGAGACGAGCAGGUGGCAGACCUUCUACCAGAAAUGUUCCAUAGUGAACUUUUUCUCAUUCGUGUGUGUAGAAUCCCUCAGUGGUCCAGGCAGAAUCCACGGCACAAGGAUAAAUCCAUUUAGUCAACUGGAUAAGUUUCUGGCGUUGUCCACCAGCAUCUGACCAGAACUGAAGAAGCAGCUUGGAUGAGCUGCGAAAUGUAUUUGACCAAAUAAACUUUUGUCCAGUUGACAAACUGAAUUUCUCCUUUUGCCUUUCCUCAUUCACUUCACCUGCUCCCAUUGGAUCAAGCAGCACAUGAGUCCCUGAGCCUGCCUCCACGUGUUUGUAAUGAGCUGUUCACUGUGUCAAGUUUUGUGUUUUGGAACAAGUCAAAAAAUCCAGAGCCAGAACUUCAGGUCCACAUCUGUGUGUUUACAUGAAAUAUUAACACAGCAGUGCACUUAAAAGCUGUACCUACUGCAACUAAAGGUGUAACGAAGAGUGCUCUAAAAUGACACAGUGUCCAACCCCCCUUCUAGAAAGUUCCAUGCUGUCUUUCUCUGUGUUUGCUGAUUUUGCUCUCAAGACAAAGGUAAUUUAAGGCACAAUUAUUGUCUUCCUCUGCAUUUGACCCAUUCAUCCCUUGUCACUGCUCAGGGACCCAUCUCCGAGACCCAACACAAACUGUCUGAGAUGUGACGUCACUCUAGCUUUAGUCAUACCAGCACUAUUAGUUUCCAUCAUAAGCUGCUGUUUUGUGUAAGAUCUGUCACGCAGCUUGGCCUCUGAUCCCGAACAAAUGACUUGAGCAGGAAAUAGUCCGAAUAUCUUCCAUAAAGGAACAUUCUCCGAUACUUCACCUCUGCUCAACCUUCCACGCAGGAAAACAGCUGUCAUUUUACAUUUGUUCAUUUCAUAAUUCACAAUUGUUUUAUUGGAGCACUUGAGCCCGAGCCCAGCGCUAGACUAGACAUAUUAACUUUGUGUAUUUCAAAGUAACAAAACUGCAUUUUAACAUGAUUCAUUUUAGCUGCAACAUAUCUAUCUUAAAUACUACAAAUUUCUGAUUCAGUUAGAUAAGGUACAUUCAGUGCAGGAUACAUACAGAAAAUACACAGAAAAAAGCUUAAAAAACCAAAACAACACCAAAUGCAUUGAUGUUUACCAUCCACCUAUUAGACUUAAUUCUAUUCAGUAAAAUGUAGUGUAUUUUCCGGACUGUAAGUUAAUGUAGUUACUAUAACUUGCCUUUCAAGAUGAAAGGCAAGUUAUAGUAACUACAUUGGAAUAAUGAACAACAGGCUGCUAACGUAGCAUAUGAAUAGUUAUUCAGAUAACUAUAGCACAAACAACAGAACAUAACAAGUUUACCUCUCUUUAACUCUCCAUCUCACUGCAGAUCACUAAAUCUUUUGAAUUCUUCAUCCUCUGUGUCACUUCUGAGUAACUCUGUGACCUCCGGAGAUAAACAGAGCACCGCUUCCUCUUCUGCAUAGCUGUCAUCAAACUCAGCAUCUGUUCCAGUUAGAAUUAUUCCGGCCUUUCUGAAUCCCGAGAGAUUGGUUUCCAGGGAUUGAAGAGAUUGAAGUCCAGGCUUUGUUGAUCCAUCCAGUGACUUCCAGGAAAGUUGCACGGCGCUCCCUCUGAAAUGCCGUAAAGCUGUGUUCUCUAUCCCUGCUUUCCACCAGUCCCUCACAAGUUUCUCGCUCACUCCGGAUUUUUUUUCUGCUGCUGCAUUACCAUUUUCGGCUGCAUAUUUCACUACUUGCAGCAGGACAGCGUUUUUUUCUGGAGCAGACAUGCGCAGUAGAGCCAAGUGACAGUGGUACAGCCUAGAGCGCCCUAUUGCGAUUGUCAGUGUGACAAUUUUAAUAUAUAAGUCGCAGGACCACCCAAACCAUGAAAAAUGUGUUCAUACAGCUUUAGAAAACCUUGGCAAAUGAGUAGUAUUUUGAGUAUGAAUUUGACAACCCGGUGUGUAUCAUGUGUAUUUUAUAUUAUAUGUCUGGCUUUUGCAUCGGAACACAGGCUUCAUUUUAUUUGACACUUUGACACCUGCUUUAGCGAUUGAUAAUGUGUUCUUUAUGAGUUUUGCUGCUCGUCUUGCCAAAUGCAUUUUCCAGUGCCACAUUUUGGUUUGUGGUUUAAGGAAGCCCAUAUUUAAAAACAAAUGGCUUCCUUCCACUCCUGUAAAUAAGAGAUCAUGCUGACAUUUUCAUUAGCUGGUGACAGGGUUAGUCAACAGUCAUCGGGAAAAGCAAGCCUGGGUCAGCUGUAUGUUGAGUCAUUUUUAUCAAACCGAAUUAGUAAACCAUAUGCACAGACUCCAAAUAUUAUUAAAUGCAAUUUACUGUUGUGUGAAGUAGUUAAAGGGACUCUGUUUUGCUAUGUUUGGAUCAUGUUGUAAUAAAAAAACAUACCUGGAGUUGUGUUUUGUUUCAUUUACACAUGCCUAUUUAGACUGAGUUCUUCU